GACCUAAAAACUGAGAGAAGCAUUACACUGUGGCAGGGAAGCAGGAGCGCCUGGGCGUUGCGCCGCGACUCUGGAUCCAGGAAGAGCUUCGCGAGAUCGCCAGCAGCUAGCGAAGCUCUUGAAUCGACGCCGCGCGUGAUCCGUGGAGAUCUUUGGCGCGGGUAGGGUUCGUGUGUGAAUGGAGUCGGCGAUGGCGGUGGACGUCGGUGUUCUUGAUCCGGAGCUGCUCCAGCUGCCGGAUUUGCCCUCUCCACCCACAAAGCCUGUCGCGUGUAGAAUGCGGCUGGAAGAUCUCUUCACGCAGUGGCUCUCUUUGCCGGAUACACAUCGACUGGUGCUGUCUUUGCUAGAAGAUGCCAAGGCAGGACUCGUGCUACCAGUUCCAUCUUCCAGUCCAGGGAAUGGAAAUUCCGGGGGUGCGAUGUCAGCUCUUCCGGGAAUGUUUGCUGUUGGAAGCACACCUCCAUUGUCUCCUCGAAGCACCUCGGGCUCGCCACUUUCACCCAAGUCUCCCAUGAAAAGGACUGGAGCGAGUACUGGUUCUCCAUUAAAACGAGCUAGCGAACCGAUUAGAGAACAUAUCCCUCAAUUCUAUUUCCCAAAUGGUCCUCCUGCGCCGCAAGAUAUGGCGGAGCAAUGUCUGAAAAGGAUUGAUCAACUUUUUGCGGGGCAUUCUUAUGGUUUGCCAUUGUCAGCUUUUGCGCCUGUGACUAAGGAAGUAUGCAAGCUCCCUUCCUUUUUUUCUAGCUGUUUGUUCAAGAAGAUUGAUGUGGAGGACACGGGACUUGUGACAAGGGACAGGUUUAUCGAGUAUUGGCUUGAACAGAAUAUGCUCACAUCAGAUAUGGCUUCUCGUAUAUUCAACGUGUUAAAGAAACCUGACAAGAAGUAUAUUACUCAGGAGGAUUUCAAACCAAUCUUGAAGGAGCUUUUGAUGACUCACCGCGGUUUGGAAUUUCUUCAUGACACUCCUGAGUUUCAAGAAAGAUAUGGUUGGCUGAUUUGUUUAGUUUUUUUUUUUGUUGUCGCUCAAAUCAUUCUUUUUCUUUGUUUGCUUUUGUUCUUUUUGUUCGCAGCCGAGACAGUAAUGUACAGGAUAUUCUACCAUGUAAAUAGAUCUGGAAAUGGAAGGCUAUUGCUAAGAGAGUUGAGAAGAAGCAACCUUGUUGCAGCACUGCUUCAAGUAGACGAGGAAGAAGACAUCAACAAGGUCCUAAAAUAUUUUUCCUACGAACACUUUUACGUUAUCUACUGCAAGUUUUGGGAGCUUGACACGGACCACGACUUCUUAAUCGACAAGACUGACCUUUUGAGAUACGGCAAUCACGCUCUCACAUUUCGUAUAGUGGAAAGGAUCUUCUCACAGGUUCCAAGAAAGUUUACGAGUUCCGUGGAAGGAAAGAUGGGUUACGAGGACUUUGUGUGGUUCAUUUUAUCGGAGGAGGACAAAACGUCUGAACCAAGCUUGGAGUACUGGUUCAAAUGUAUCGAUCUGGAUUGUGACGGAGUGGUGACUCCAAACGAGAUGCAGUACUUUUAUGAGGAGCAAUUGCAUCGCAUGGAGUGCCUAGCUCAAGACCCCGUCCUCUUCGAGGACAUAGUCUGCCAGAUGACGGACAUGAUCUGCCCAGAGAAGCAAGGGCAGCUAACGCUACGCGACCUGAAGAGGUGCAAGCUUUCUGGCAACUUCUUCAACAUUCUCUUCAAUCUGAAUAAGUUCGUGGCGUUCGAGACACGCGACCCAUUCCUCAUCCGACAAGAGAGGGAGGAUCCAACGCUAACAGAGUGGGAUCGGUUUGCUCACCAAGAAUACAUCCGCUUGUCGAUGGAGGAAGACGCGGAGGAUGCAUCAAAUGGAAGUGCCGAGGUGUGGGAUGAAUCUCUAGAGGCGCCAUUUUGAGUGUUUUGCGUGGUUCUGGUUUCCUUUUUCUUGGGUAGGAAGGUAGCUCAGGCAGCAGCAACAGUGCUUUGUACAGUAAUUCUUCGUUGUCUCCAUUAUAUCUCUUCUUGGUUUAGAAAGCUCUUAACGCGUAUUUGAUCGAUUCCUGUGCAUACAUCACCCAUUGCUUGUAGUUGCGCUAAAUGACGAUAAUAAUGAUAAUAUCAAUUUAAGA